AUGACCUUACCCCACCCAAUCAACCCAUCCCCACAUUGCCUGCCGUUCUUCUCCCUAGUCCUACAAGCACUCCGCAUCCUCCCCUAUACAAUCCCUAUCUUCCCCUUCGCAUUGCCGUUCUUAUCAACCUCCUCUCCUAUACAAUCAUCUCCCCUCUGCUCAGGCACCUCAGCCGCCGCUCCUUUGGGCGCAGGGAUGCUAGCGCUCGUACUCGAAGCCAACAACACACUCACAUGGCGAGACGUGCAGUAUCUGUUGGUGUACACGUCUGUGCACAUUAACGCUGACCACGAGUCCUGGACAGUGAAUGGGCGGGACUGGCCCUACAGCGACCGGUUUGGGUUUGGCCUGAUGGAUGCGUACGCUAUGGUCACUACAGCGCAGUCGUGGCAGGGGCUGAGGGGAAGGUUCGUCAAUGCCACAUCGCCCACCAUCACCGUCAACCUACCCUUUGGCAAUGGAGCCAUCCCGUUAUCCACAGACACGUCCCGGAAUAACGACACCGCACAGACAGACGACGACAGCCAGAACACUCUUGAGGACACGCCCGAGGCACUUGAGGAAAGACACGCCCACAAAGCACCGAAAGGGGUUGGUAACCAUGGCAACCACGACCAGCCACGGCACAUGCGUGGAGCGGAGUACACCAUGCCACAUACCAAAGGAGGUAAAGACACUCGUAGUGUUUUUAGGCGACAGUCAGUAGGGGAUCGUGUUGUCACAAACGAAGCAGAGGGUGAGGUCGAUACGGCCACACAGGCAGCCAAUCAGACGGAGUCUAUUAAUAGCACAGCCAAUGAGAUGGGGUCGUCUAGUGGCGUGGCCAAUGAGAGCGUUGUGUGGUCGGUCUUCUUCGCCCCUGCGUCGGAAGUGGUUGCGUUGGAGUCAGUGACUGUGACUGUCAAUCUGGACAUGGAUGUCAGGGGAACACUCGAGGUGUUCUUACAGUCACCAUGUGGCACAAUAUCACAACUGCUAACGGGUCGCUUCAAAGAUAAAGCAACCACUGGACUAGUCAACUGGACCUUCUCAUCCGUCGCCUACUGGGGAGAG